AUGGCUCAGCAAGUCAGCAUCUCGGAGCUGUCCUUACCACAGCUGGAGGUGCUGAAGAGCCAGCUAGACCAGGCAGUGGAGUUCCUUUCUUCCUCCAUCACACAACUAAAGAUGGUGCAGACAAAAUACAUGGAAGCAAAGGACUGUUUGACUGUACUGAAUAAAAGCAAUGAAAGUAAAGAGCUGCUUGUCCUAUUCUGCAGUUCUAUGUAUGUUCCUGGGAAGCUCUCUGACAGUGACCAGGUGCUAAUAGACAUGGGGACCGGUUACUAUGUAGAAAAGUCUGUGGAAGGCACCAGAUACUGCUUCAAGAUUGAUUUCCUGACAAAACUGAUGGAGAAAAUCCAAUCAGCACUUCAGGAGAAACAUGCCAUGAAGCAAGCUGUGGUGGAGAUGAUGAGUGAGAAGAUUCAGCAGCAACAAAGCAGCAACAGCUACAAAGACCUAGCAAACCCCAAGCUAAUUUUGAAAGUGCUAUGA